UGUCGGGUAGCAAAUGCCGGAUUGUGCAGCCUUGGUGGAGCCCUCCCAAGUUUAAAAGUUCAAACAUGGCAGAGGACGAACAUGUACAACUGGUGAAUUCAUUCAAUGAUCUUGGACUAUGUCUGUGUGAAGGUAUCCAGAGGGCUUGUCUGAGGAAUCCUGUGAAGAUUGAGGCUGCGUCUAAAUAUUCCACUGUUGGAACCGUAACGCAACUGUGUUGCUUCGUGCCUUCGAAGCACAAGGAUUGCUAUCUCGUAUAUCUUCUGACUGAGAUGUCUGGAAGUACAUCAAUGGUUUUUACUCGAACAAGUGAUUCAACAUGCCUUUUGGCUCAAAUGCUUCGAAACCUUGGGCUAAAAGCCAUACAAAUUUAUGGUCAAAUGAGCCAGCAUUCGCAGUAUGCCCUCACCUUGUUUCAUUCAUGGCAAGCCAAAAGAUUGGGAGGCUUAAAGAAGUUCAACGCUGGGAAGUGUAAUAUCCUUGUGUGCACUGAUGUGGGCAUGAGAGAGAUUGACAUUCGACGUGCGGAUUUGGUUAUCAAUUAUGAUAUCCCCUCAAAUUCCAAGCCGUAAAUGUUAAUCCAUGGGCAAGUCUUCUUAAGAC